CUGAAUAUUCCAGGAUCCGAUGCCGCCAGUCUUCGCACCACUGCAAGGCGUGAAGGUGACUAUUACGUUGUCAAUGGUUCCAAAGCUUUCAUCAGUGGAGCCGGUGCCUCGAAGAUUUACUUGGUGAUGGUGCGGCACGAUGGCCAACCAGGAGCGAAAGGUAUCUUCUGCCUGCUGAUCGAAGAUGGCAUGGAAGGAUUUUCACAGGCCAAGAAGGAGAGUAAACUUGGUUGGAAUACUCAGCCCACUCGCAUUAUUACUUUUGAAGAUGUGAAGGUACCAGUAUCAAACCAGAUUGGACCAGAUAACUAUGGCUUCAAUAUUGCCAUGGCUGGCAUCAACGGUGGUAGGGUGAACAUUGCAAGUUGCUCACUUGGAGCUGCCCAACAAAGUCUUGAUUUGGCUAUCGAGCAUCUGAAGGUGCGGAAGCAAUUCGGAAAGACAUUAUCGGAAUUCCAAUGGAAUCAAUUUAAGCUGGCGGAAAUGGCAACAAAACUGUACAGCAGCAGGUAA